AUGGCGCCCAAGAGAAAGGCAGAGCCGCAACAGCGACCGGCCGAGGGCCGCUCUGACUCCAAAAGGCUCAAGGCUGGCCGAGCCCAAAAUGCCGUCAGGCAGUCGGUCCUUCUACAGUACUACGACAAUGCGCAGAAUCUCCGCGAAUACCUGCUGUCUAGGCUCCCGAGCUCAUCCAGGCUUCGCCGCAAGAAGAUUGCCUCCAUUGGACUAUCACGCACAUCCCUGGCCAAAGAAGCGCUCCCGGCAGAAGCCGACCUGUCAAAACUGCUAGACUCGACGCUGUCAGGUGGCUGGCCCAGGCAUCUUCUCUGCGAUGGCUUCCGAAGAUACGCGCAAAACGCCGGCAACCCGCGAGAGCCCAGAAAUGGCGAAUGGCCGUCCGGUCUGUACCCGGUUCAUCCCAACCAUUUCGUCCAGACCCUCAAAGCUUCUCCGUGGCCGCAGCUUCUCAUGCUGUUGGGGAAAUCAGGCGAACAAAUCAUGAUUGACCUUCUCAUUGACACGGCCAUUUUCCUCCCUGCGCAAGCGGGUGUAGGGAACAUGUACCAGCUCAGCGGUACGCCAAUGUUCGCUGCAGACACGGCAAGAUGGGAGCCGGCUGCGGCACAGAAGCCUGCAAAGGACUCGAAUCUUGAAGACGAGAGGCUGCCGUCAGAGCUGCCAUUCAUGAGGAAUCGCAUGCUGUAUGCUCGGGCUGCUCUCACUGGCCGCGGGACUGUUCACUACGGAUUCAGGCAUAUACAUGUUCUCAGCCGUUGCCCAAGGGUGACAGAUUGCGCCCAGGCCGACCCAGAUCAAAAGACGCGGCUGGAUCAAAGCAAUGAGCAGAACACGCUCAAGGUGAUGAUGUACAUCUUCCCUCGUCAGUUUGGACUGCACAACGUUUUCAACUCCAAGGUCGACCAUCUCAAGACCGCCCAGAAGCUCCCUGACUACACCCUCCGCGAAGAGGAGAUCAACUCGCUGUUCAAGGAUCAGAAGAUUCGAACGCCGAAAAGGCUACGAGGAGACGUCAAACGACUGGUCGAGCACUUGCAAUCGCUUCAUGGUCGCUGCGCGUACGCCGAACUGCUGCGUCACCACUGCCCUUCUGCAAUCGAUGGCACGACUCGGAAAUCUGCGCACAAGAAGCCGGCCAAGCCGUCAGGCACGCAGCUCUCGCUCACCUAUACACAGGCGACAGCACCCGCCAGUCGAAGCGCCGUCACGACAAAGCAUCGCCACAAAGCUCGGCAACAGGCCCCUUCGAUACCAACGAUCAAGUUCGAUGCCGUCACUGAUCUGGCGACGCCGACACCCCACGUGUCCGCCUUUUGCCGCGCCGUGCUGGCCAGACUCAUACCAAACGAAUUCUGGGGCAGCGGUCCUGAUCAAGCACAUAAUCGUGAUUUGGUCUUCAAGAGAGUUGACCACUUUGUCAGACUGAGAAGAUUCGAAAGCAUGUCCCUUGAGGAGGUGACUGACGGGAUAAAGGUCACAGCCAUGGAUUGGCUGGCACCACCAAAACUGAAAGGCAUGAAGACCAGCCAGUCGGACAUGAAGAAGCGGCUCGAGAUCCUGCACGAGUUUCUCUACUAUGUUUUUGAUUCCAUUUUGAUACCCCUAUUGCGCAGUAACUUUUACAUUACGGAGUCGAGCUCUCACCGCUAUCGGCUGUUCUUCUUUCGCCACGACGUAUGGCGUUAUGUGGCCGAACCAGCCAUGGCGACGCUAAGAGCGAACAUGUUGGAGGAGAUGAGCCUAGGCGAUGCAAACCGCAUCCUUGCAUCGAGGAGACUAGGGUUCAGCCGCAUCAGACUACUCCCCAAGGGCAAAACCAUGAGACCCAUCACAAAUCUGCGGAGGCGGGCAGUUGUCCAAGGGAGAAACGCACUUGGGCCGAGCAUCAACUCCGUCCUCGGUCCUGAGCGUAACACAUCCAAGCUCGGCUCGUCCAUGUUCUCCGUGGGCGACAUUUACACACGGCUCCGUUCAUUCAGCGCAAGCUUUGGCGAGGCAAGUCCGACCUUUUACUUUGCAAAAGUGGACGUGCAAUCCGCCUUCGACACCAUCCCUCAAGAUGCCGUCGUUAGGCUCAUGGGAGGCGUCCCGAGCCAAGCGCAGUAUGUUAUCAAAAAGCACCUCGAAGUCAAGGCCGGUUUGGUGGACCCUCGGCUCCAAAGGCGCCCUGCUUCGAAGCUUACAAGGCGAUGGCACUCGCUCGCCAGCACCCGAGAUGACCCAGCCGGCUUUGCGCAGGUUGUCCAAGAGCGCCUCGGCCCAAAGAGAAAGAAUGCCGUGUUUGUGGGUAACAUUUCGCGGAAAGAGCACGCGACAAAGUACCUCAUGGAGUUGAUGGAGUCGCACAUCCAGCACAAUCUCGUCAAGGUCGGCAAGAAGUACUACAGGCAGAAGAAGGGCAUCCCGCAGGGUUCUGUCUUGUCAUCGGCUCUCUGCAACUACUUUUACGCCGACCUCGAAGCAGAGCGUCUUACUUUCCUUCGCGGCAAGGAUUGCCUGCUUCUGAGGCUCAUUGAUGACUUCCUCCUCAUUUCGACGAGCCAGAAGAAAGCCCGCAAGUUCGUCAUGGUCAUGCACGGUGGUAUUCCCGAGUACGGCGUGGCAGUCAACCCCAACAAGACGCUGGUCAAUUUCGAUCUGGAGCUUGGCGGCGUGAAGGUAUCCAGGGCACUAAAAGCGAGCCCAUUUCCCUACUGUGGCUUGAGUAUUGAUUGCAAAACGCUUGACAUUAUCAGGGACCACGACACGGCGAAGGGGGCUGCAAUCUCGAACGCCCUGACUGUCGACUACGGAGUCAAGCCAGGGCAAAACUUCCAGAGAAGGGUCCUGAACGCCUUCAAGAUCCAGUCCCAUUUGAUGUUCUAUGACACCCGACACAACACGCUCGAGACCGUCUUCUGCAACCUCCACAAGGCCUUCACGGAGACGGCAGAAAAGAUGCUGGCUUACUGGCGCUGUCUGCCUGCUGCGAAGCGACCCAGAAGCCGCAUGCUCACGCAAACCAUCAACAGAAUCAUCGACGUGGCAUUUGUGCUCCUCACAGGCAAGGCGAGGAAAGAGAAGCACCCGGAUUACAGCUGCGCCAUGGAGAAGACGCACGUUACCUGGCUGGCACUUGAUGCCGUGAGAAAGGCCUUGCUGAAAAGGCAGGCGAACUUUUCACCGGUCCUUGGGUGGAUUGAUGCCGAGCUGAGCAGACUCGACACAGCGAAGACUGCACGGGUAGAGAAGUACAUUAAGUAG